CUCACUGAAGAUGAUAGUUUUUUGUUUGUAGUCCUUUGCUCCGUUUAACGGCAAUGGCUUCCUCACUCUGUGCGUUCCCUCUCGUUGAUCGUACUUUUCUCAAAAACCCCUCUUCAUCUUCUUCUUCUUCGCGCUUUUCGUCUUCGAAUUUCGCUCUGAGAGCAAGAGCCGCUGCAAAAGAGGUUCACUUUAACCGUGAUGGCUCUGUCACCAAGAAGCUUCAGGCAGGUGCAGAUAUGGUGGCGAAGUUAUUGGGCGUGACAUUGGGUCCAAAGGGACGAAACGUGGUGUUGCAGAACAAGUACGGACCUCCUAGGAUCGUCAAUGACGGUGAAACUGUUCUCAAAGAGAUUGAAUUGGAGGACCCGUUAGAGAAUGUUGGAGUGAAGCUUGUGAGACAAGCAGGCGCUAAGACUAAUGACCUUGCGGGUGAUGGUUCUACUACAUCUAUAGUGCUUGCUCAUGGCCUUAUCACUGAAGGUAUUAAGGUGGUUUCUGCUGGAACUAAUCCCAUUCAAGUUGCCCGGGGUAUUGAGUUAACCGCAAAAGCUCUUGUUUUAGAGCUCAAGUCAAUGUCAAGAGAGAUUGAGGAUCAUGAGCUUGCUGAUGUUGCAGCGGUUAGUGCCGGAAACGACUACGAAGUGGGAAACAUGAUUGCGGAUGCUUUUCAACAUGUCGGAAGGUCUGGUGUAGUAACGAUAGAAAAAGGCAAAUACCUCGUGAACAAUCUUCAGGUUGUGGAAGGAAUGCAGUUUAAUCGUGGCUAUUUAUCUCCUUACUUUGUCACUGAUCGAAGGAAGAGAGAAGUUGAAUUCCAUGAUUGCAAGCUGCUCUUGGUUGAUAAGAAGAUAACAAAUCCAAAGGAUAUGUUCAAGAUAUUGGAUUCUGCUGUUAAAGAAGACUAUCCAGUUCUUAUAGUUGCCGAGGAGAUAGAGCAAGACGCUCUUGCUCCGGUGAUCAGGAACAAACUGAAAGGUAACCUGAAGGCGGCGGCUAUUAAAGCUCCCUCCUUUGGUGAGCGCAAGAGCCACUGCUUGGAUGAUCUUGCAAUCUUAACUGGAGCUACUGUGAUCAGAGAUGAGAUGGGGCUGAGCUUAGAGAAGGCUGGAAAAGAGGUCUUAGGAACAGCAAAAAGGGUUCUUGUAACUAAGGACUCAACACUGAUUGUUACUAAUGGCAACACCCAGAAAGCAGUUGAGGAAAGGGUUUCUCAGAUUAAAAAACUCGUCCAGAACACCGAGGAAAGAUUUCAGAAGAAGAUCCUCAAUGAAAGAAUAGCCAGAUUAUCCGGUGGAAUUGCUAUUAUCCAGGUAGGUGCACAGACGCAAGUUGAGUUGAAAGAUAAACAGCUAAAGGUUGAAGAUGCCCUGAAUGCAACCAAGUCAGCAAUUGAAGAAGGGAUUGUAGUUGGUGGUGGUUGCGCCCUCUUGCGACUGGCUACAAAAGUGAACAGAAUCAAAGAGACUCUCGACAACACAGAACAGAAGAUUGGAGCUGAAAUAUUCAAGAAAGCAUUAAGCUACCCAAUAAGACUUAUAGCCAAAAACGCAGGCACAAAUGGCAAUAUCGUCAUAGAAAAGGUCUUGUUGAACGAUAACAUGAUGUACGGAUACAAUGCUGCAAAGAAUCAAUACGAAGAUCUGAUGUUGGCUGGUAUUAUCGAUCCAACCAAGGUUGUGAGAUGUUGCCUGGAACACGCUGCGUCAGUGGCUAAAACGUUUCUGACAGCAGAUGCUGUUGUAGUUGAGAUCAAAGAAAUCAAACCCAGACCAAUCAUUAAUCCACCAAUGCCUACUUCUCCUCCAGCUGCAUCCUCCAUGUUCCCUGACAGAAACUUGCCAAAAUUUCCUCAAAUUAUGCCCAGAACUCGAAGGCACUUUCCGAGGAAGUAGGAAACAGUCGUAGAAAAACUGUCUACUUUAGUGAUAACAUGAGAAAGUCGCAUUUUUAUGUACAUUUCGAAAACAAUACUCAACGUGUCUGUAUCUAUAUAUAUAUAUGUCUGUGUAAUAUAUUAUCACACGAGGGUUUCUAAAAUUGCGCUAAGUGUCAUAAGCUCUGGUCAUGUCGUAAACGUGUCAAAGCGAGCGAGGUUUCACUUCUUCUGCGAAUCAUUUCUAAUUAUCCACGAUUUCCAAAUUUUAUUGUAGCUGAGAAAUCACGAGAAAUAAUCUGAGAGAGAAUGAUGGGGAUAAGCGUGCAGACGGCGAUGGAUCUUAUCGUCGCCGGAAUCUCUCUGAUGGUCGGAUUAGGGUUCUUCGCUCUCAUCGCUUCCAUACUCUGCUCCGUCGCCUUCUUCCACCAUGCUAAAGCUACAAAUUGACCAUCGAAUCAAUUCUCUGCAUCUUCAGUACAGAGAAUUGAAGAUUGAGGGAGACGAAGAACGAAGCUUCUCACUGCUUUUUCAGCUUAUAUGACAAGUGUAGUUACAGAGACAUUGUAUCAUCUGUGAAUUUACGAAAGAAGAUUAUAUAAUUUUGAAUUUUAAUAGAAAAAAGUUUCCUCAUCUCUUGUUUCUCUGUUUGCGUAUAAAAACCAUUCCUCGGAUCCCAUCCGGGUCGGAGACGAACCCGAGCGGGCGGUAAAACCCGAGAACUCGGGGCUCCGAAUACAGAGCAAUGUUACAGAUCCCUUUCACCUGCAAAUCCUCAAUCAGCCGCUCCAUCACCGCCUUCCCGAGCCCUAAGCUCUGGAACGACGGAUCAACCACCACGUCCCAUAUGAUUGCGUUGAAAACGCCGUCUCCCGUCGCCCUUGCAAACGCCACCGGCCGCCGCGUUUUCUCGUACUCCACCCACAGCAUCGCGUCAGUGUGCUGCAGCGCCACCUCGAUCUUCGCCGUGUCCCGCCGUGGGAACCCCACCGCUACGAAGACCGAAUUCAGCUGAUCUAGGUUCAGUCCCUCCGCUGUACGACGGAGACGAAAGCCUCUCGACUCGAGAUCCUCGUCGGUGAUCGAGUAGCUCGGCGGCUGUCGCUGCAUCGCCGCGGGAAACGCCGCUUGCGAUGGCUGUGCGGCUGCGUUUUGUGGGUUUAAGGUGGACCUCAACCGGAGAGAAGCCGGAGGAGUGGAGAUUGUGCCGCCGAGAAGCAUGGUAUCCACUAACUCUUGUCAAAUUAUCGAUUUUUUUGCUCGUUUUCAUGAAACCAGACAAAAAAAUUAUUUGAAGGGAUAAAGAGUGUUGAGUUGUGUGUGGCUGUGGAUAACUGAGAAACUCUCUGCUUUUACUUUUUUGUCUGUUUCGAGUAAAUAAAAAUAACAUCGGAUUAAAAGCAGUACGAAGAAACUCGUGGUUGUCGGAGACCAUUGUCGUUAGGGUCUUUGAGAGUCAAAGAGAUACUGGUUUGGCGGGGGAUAUAGUUAGUGGCUUGAAAAGAAGUCAGAAAUGAAGAUAACAAAUCCUUUAUUACUUAUCUUUCUUGGGUUCAGCUUCAGUGUUCUUGCUCUUUGUGAUUGUUCUGGAAUGAUAAUUACUACUUACUAUGGUUGAUCAUUGGGUGAUGAGAAGAAGCAGUUUCAUGAUUGUUCUUGCAUGCUUGGGCCGUUUUUGCGUUUAACAAUUUACAAGUGACCAAAACUAGAAAGAUAUAGUGGCAUAAUUGCUAGUCAGACUCUGAUGCAUUACAUCAUGUUCUAACUCAUGAACGUUCAAAUCUUUUGUGCCUUUGUAAUAACUUUUUUCUGUUGGAGAAUCCCAUAAAUAUAGCGAGCAUAAAGUUUUUUCAAUUGAGAUUCUGAGGCUGAAGGUGGUUGCAUAAUGGUACGGAGAAAUGAAACGGUUUAUAGUUUGUCAUUUUUUUUUUGUCUUUCCAGGUCUUAUGAUGCUUUGGUGAUUUUCAAAAUUUUGUUAAACUUUUCAAGUGGUCAGAGCUAUAUUUAUGCAACAGAGAGAGGCUAGGACUAAAAUUGUCUCUAUCCUCAAGAAUUUGUUUCUGAAUCAUUGUAACUCUGUGUUUGGGUGAAGUUGGGCAUGCUCUUAGUUCGAUGUGCUGGUUGGAUUUCAUAUAGCUUCCCUUGUGAUCCAAGAAACCUCAAUAUCAUUAGUUAUUGACUCAGUUUUUUGAAGACUUUUAAUACAUUUUUUUUAUAAGUUUUGUUUUAUAAUUGACCAAAAUAAAAGUUUUGUUUUGUUAUAAUACUGUUAGGCCUAGGUACUGUUUCGCAAGGCAAUAACUGAUUGGUAGUUGCUUGUUGUACCAAGACACUGUUGUGUUCUCUUUUGGUUGUCCAAUGGUGUCAUUGUCAACUAGGAGUGGAACGUGCACAUGCUAUUGUUGACACAAAUGCUUGGUUCUUCGCCUUUGCUCGUUGAGCUAGUAUGGUCCUUCAAUCUUCCUGAAGGUUGGGACGGCCUAUCUUUCAUUUUCAUCUAUCUGUUUAUUGCUCCUACGUGCAUUAUGAUGGACUGGAGAUUAUACAAAGUCGAAAGCGACCUGAGAAUAACAUCAACUGGAACAGUUUCAUUUCGGAUCUUUUCUAAUAACCCCUUUCCUGAUAUGCAAAAUCAUGUGAAGCUCUUGAAAGUAGCAGGGGACUUUUUGUUCGCAAGCAAAGCUCUGCUGUUAGCUACUUGGGCCACACAUCAUAGAAACAAUACUGAUCAGGAUAUGCUCUGAUUAGUGAAGAACAGGGUACAUGUAAUAUAACAGGAUUCCAACGGAGAACCGUGCAGACAAGUUAUUUGGGACAGCAUCUACAAAAAGAAAACAAUGUGCAACUACCUACACAUGGCUUAUUAAAGGCAAACAACAGGAUUGGUGAGAGACUGAAACAUCUCUCUUCUUCAUUACAGGAUUUGGAUUCACAUCUUCUUCUCUCAUUCGUCAUAGAGUAUUAUUUGGUUUUGCCUACCUUGCCUUUACUCUGGACACGACUAGCUGAACUUGUUCUUGUCUUAGCUUUGAGCUCUGAUUUUUCUCCUUCGUUGCUUAUUGCUUUCUCUCUGUGUUGGCGUUUCUCAAGGGAGACUUGUUUAGAACCAUUCUUCUUAGCUGCAUGUUUCUUUGGAAGGUGGUUGCUAGGACCCGAGGAUGCAUCAGAAGCCAUCGAAUCAUCACUCUCCUCGUCACCGCCAUCAUCAGCCUCUUUCGCCUUUGAAUCACCAUCGAUGUCACCAUCAUCAUCCUCAUCAUCAACAACAAUAGAAGAAUGGUCAUUUCCAUGGAAGGCGUCUUCUAUGUACAUAGUCCACCCUGACUCACAACUGCUGUAUUCCUCCUCCUCAGAGCCUCCAUGGUUCCUCGGAGACUCCAUGGCCCUUUUUUUGUCUGAAUCCACUUCACCAGUUUACUCUCUGAUAUAGGCUCUGUGUCUCUGUCUCUCUUAGGCUUUGCUCAUCCAUCAUCAAUAAAUAUAAUUUUGUUUUUUUGUUUUUUGGUUUGAAGUAUCAGGAAAAGCCGGAGCCUAUAAGAAGCCUCAUAUAAUUGAAGAGCAGGAGUAAGUUUCACCACAUGGCAACCCUAGCACCAUUGUUUUCACUCAAUUGAAGCACUACCAGACAAAGCCAUUGCAGAUAUAUAUCAAGGAAGGAAGAGUCAGGGACACAUCAAACCCCACAAAACAAGAAUCAUCCUUCUCUGAGCUUUUACUGGUCAUUAGUGAUGUGCUAUCUUAAAUAUUAAAGAUCAGCUUUUGAGUUGGAAAAUCAGAAGAGACCCACUUCAACAAACAAGAUGGAAUAAAAGAGGCAUUUACUUAAUUAGGUUAAGAGCUGUUCCUCUUCCUCAUUCCUUUAAUACUCUUCUUCCUCCUCCAAUCCUCUUACUCUCUUUAAAAACUGUUGCAGCCUUUUCUUCCUCUCUCAAUUGUAUUCAAAGGUAAAACCCAACUGGAUUUUCUUUGUCAUUUUAUUUUUCGUUAGGAUAAGGACAAAACAAAACGAGUAUAACAACUGUCACACACACAAAAAUUUAAAGACAGAAAAUAAAAGCAUAAUACGUAUAAUGUUUGAAUAUAAACUGUCUUCAUUGCGUUUCCUGUUUCUCUGGCGUCACCCUAAGUUGUUCUUCAAUGGAGACAGCUAGCAAAUUCAAGUGUGUAUAAGAGAGUCAAUGUUACAAAAGGGUUGUUUGUUUUGACUUUUGACUCAUCUUUGAGUAAUGUAAACAAAGAUAAUUAUUAAGGUAAGACAUUUUGAUUUCAUUUAAGUAAAGAAAACGAUUCUGAAAGGGGUGGUACUAAAGUGGGUCUCACGAAUUUGGAGAGAUGUGUGUGUUAGGAUUUAUUAGAGUUUGUACAAAUCGUUAAUGGCUAAGAAAUGGAGUUGGAGUCAUUGGAUUUUAUCAUGUGGGUCUCUUUCUAUGGAUUGCCCUACGUGUGUGUGUGUGACUAUGGAAUGUCAUUGUACGUCACUAUUAUUGUCACCGUUUCAUUUAUUUGUGGGUUUUAGAUUUUGAUAAGUCACAGAUUUGAAAGCAUCUUCAGACGCUGGCUUGACCUAAUUUAUAACUUUGGUUGGCAAGUCGGUGAGAAAACAGCACGGGACUUGUGUUGCCUCCUAAACCAAUUGGUGACAAAAUGUUUGCGGUUUUAUAAACUUUUGUUAUAAGACCGUAAAAAGGUUCAUUUUGUUGUUGGUAAUUUUUAUGAAUACGAUUGGUUGAAUAAAAUCACAAAUCUUGGUGGUUUCUAAAAGGCUUAAAGAAGGCCAUGUGUCCUUUAGCACCAAAAUCUUAUAAUGCCUGCCCCUCUCACUCAAAUUAAUUGUUUCUUGUUGUACUUUGGUUGUUUGUUUACUUUGGCUUUUACAUGAUUAUUACAUCUAAUGUGUAAUUUCUAUCUUAAUCAUAUUCUAUACAAAACGCAAAUGCUAAGCGUAAACAUAAAGUUAUCUUCUCUGUUUUGAGCAUUUACGUACUUAUGUGAAUCUUUGUAAAAUGUUAUUUCGACACGUAAAUGUAAACACAGAGAAAUCAGCUUACCUCACUCAUAUAUCUCUCCUUUGACAACUUUUUUUUUUUUUUUUUUUCAUUUGAAUUGACUGAUUUUUCUUAUGGUCAUUUAUCAAUAUCAUAUCGGAUAAAACUAAAACAUCUAACCAUUCCAUUAGAUUUUUCUGUGUCUAGACUCUUAACUUUUUCCUAAUCAUUAUGGUUUUUCAAAGUUAAACACGAUUAGGGUAAUUAAACUUAUUCUGACAUAUGCUCUUUAUCCUCAGCCACAUCAUUCAUUUUACAAACAAAAACCACUCUUAUUAUAAGUCUCUAGACAAAUCUAUAGGAAGUUACAAACUCUUAAUCCUAGAUUAAAGUUUAAUUAGAUUGACGAAUAUUCUACUAUGGCUCUAAAUGUGACGUCACAAAUUACCAAACUUGGUGGGUUUAAUGUAAAAACAUUCAAAAAGAGGUUUUAGUAGGAGAAAAGAGAAGCUGUCUGCUCCCUCAUGACGAAAUCAUUUUUGUAAAUUUGUUUGUAAUAAUCACAAUCCGACAUUCUUUGUUUACGUAUUUGUACCUUCUCUCACAGCUGUACCCAUUUUCACCAACCAACUCAAUCUUUCCUUUCUUCUUUCUUUUUUUAUUUAUUAAUUACUCACUUCCAAUAUCCAAGAAACAAAACAGUUUUAUUUCACCAACUCUGUAUAAAAUAAUCAGUCUCGGGACAAAUAAGCUCUCAGAGACAUGUACCAAGAAUUGCAUAAAGAAGUCAAAUUGAGAGAAUUGAAGCGAGUGGAGUUAAACCGAAGUCGGUUCAACGGUUUAUUGGGUUUAUGAUGGUUGGAAACAGAGUUGAUCCCGGUUUUGCUCUUCUUUUGUGAUGUCUGACUUGGAGAAUCACGUAAUAGCCUUUCUUAAUCUAUUUCUCUUGCAAAAGUAAAGUUAAGUGCGAUACUCUCUCCUUUAUUCCCUCAUUGAGUUGACUUCGACGAAGACGAAGAACAAGAAGUGAUCAAACAUAAUAAUAAUGUUACAGAAUAGAGUCUAGUGGAUUCUUCUCUCUUUUUUUGCAGGAUCUCCACUAGAUGGAUCUGAAACUCUUGAAUUUGGAUUGGGAUCAAGAAUCUUACCCAACUUCUUCUGAUUUUUGGAUCCUCAUCUUCUUUGCUCCUUUCUUUCUUUUUCUUCGCUUAUUUCUCGACAGAUCCAUAUUCGAGAGAGUCGCUAGAAGGGUGAUAUUCCCUAGAGGACACUGUGCCGAUUCAAACGAGAGAAGAAAGAAGAUAGUGAAAUUCAAAGAAUCAGCUUGGAAAUGUCUAUGCUCUCUCUCCACCGAAGCACUUGCUCUCCACGUAACUUAUCAGGAGCCAUGGUUUAAAAACACAAGAUGCUUCUGGUUAGGACCAGGAGACCAGAUAUGGCCUGAUCAAAAGAUCAAGUUGAAAAUGAAGGGAAUGUAUAUGUUUGUCGGCGGGUUGAAUGUAUAUUCAUUUUUCGCUUUGUUCUUUUGGGAAACAAGACGGUCUGAUUUCAAAGUCAUGUUAGUUCAUCACAUUGUAACAUCCUUCCUCAUCAUCUUGUCUUACAUCUUCAGAUUUGCACGUUUAGGUUCUGUAAUAUUGUCUCUUCAUGAAAUCAGCGACGUGUUUCUAGAGAUAGGAAAGAUGUGCAAAUACAGCGGAGCCGAAGCAAUGACUAGCGCCUCUUUCGUCCUGUUCUUCUUGUCGUGGACCGCUUUGCGACUCAUCUAUUACCCUCUCUGGAUUCUAUGGAGCACCAGCUACGAAUCAAUAAAAGUGAAAUUGGAAUGGGACAAGAAGCAUUUGAAGGAAAAUGGAGUACCUCCUAUAGUGAUGGUUUACUAUGUCUUCAACACACUUCUCUAUUGCUUACAGAUUCUUCACAUCUACUGGUGGGUCUUGAUAUGUCGUGUGCUCGUCAGCCAAAUUUUUGCCAAAGGCAAAAUCUCUAGAGACGUCCGUUCUGAUUCUGAAGGAGAAGAUGAUGAUGAACACCAAGAUUGAUUGUCUUGUUACAGAUUAAACAGUGAGCGUCCAUUUGGCAACGAUUCAGAGCUACUAACCAAGCAUUGAAUCGCUAUAUAAUAAUACUGAAUGAGCCAAAACGUGAGGUGUCUUACCUCUGUGUUGCGGGGAGAGAUCCAACUGGCAGCAUAGAAGCAGCUUCGUUUGAGAUCUGGUACGUUGGUCAAGAAAUGCAUAUAAGAAUUUCUGUUUUUCCACAUACGUCGGAUCAUAUUUUUUCAUGUUUUUAGCCUUUAUCUAAUUGGUCACGUCACUUGUUUAUCAAAACAUUAAGUUUCUUUGUGUGCUUUAGAAGAAUUUUCGUACAUACUUUUGCUAAGUGAAUAAAGUAAAGUUGACUUUCUUUUAGAUUUUGUUGUUUUUGUUUUUGGCAGUCCCUCGUCUUCGUUUUGUUUCUUGCUAGUCAACCAACUAUCAGUUUCGUUUCUAUCUAUCAGCUUCGGCUUUUUGACGUAAAUGUUAAGCUAAACUGUAACAGAAUUUUUAACAAAGGAGAAUGAAUCAAACCAUAAUUUGAAAACUAAACCCAACCGAACCCGGUUAAGAAGAAAGCCCAAUUAAGCCCAAACUACUUCUUGGACUUGCGGCUGGCACCGCAGAUGGAAUAUAUACACACACAACACAACAAACAAACUGUACAACUUGGGAAACAAUGAGAUUCUAGGAUUUGAAAUAACUUUCUCAAAAACAAAUAAUGUAUAGUCUUUUCUUGGAGAUUAUUGUUUAGUUUUCAUAUAACAAUCAUUGUUGAAUAAAUUUAUAUACACAUGUUUAGGCCCCCUAUAAAGGCAUGAGCCGCUCUUUUUUUUCUUCAUAAUCAGAGAAAUGCCGAAAGGGUAGUCGUAAAAUGUAUCUAUGUCUGUCCUUUUUAAUCAUAUGUUUCACUUUAUAGUAUUUAUUUUGUUUUGUUUUAUUGCCUUUUGCCUCACCU